AAUAAGGAUUUUAGAAGCUUGGUCCCCGUCAUUUAAUACAGAGAAAUCUGAUCUCUUUUUGGUGCAGGCGAGAUUAGCCGAAUCUUUCAUUCACCAGUCGCCUUACAAACUGGCCAGAUUAACCAGGAUUUUAGCCUCCACCACUUUAUUUUUUUCCCUCCCUGUUGUAGCCCAGGGGGAUUACAGUUUGACUUUUUCUCUUUCAGAAAGUAAAAGCAGUGGCUUGGACCAGACACCAGGUAGAGAGGGUGAAGGACUGGCACACGUAAAAACACUUGAAUCUCAACUCUUGACAGUAAAUAGUUCCAUCCAGCAGUUGCAAGAAAGAGAGGUUGCUGCUGGAUCAUGGACGUGGCUGUCCACUCAGGCAGGAGGAAGCUGACGUUUACCAUCGACAGCAUUCUGAGCGGAGGAGGGCUCGAGAGAGGGGAGAGGACCGACAUUUCCACUACAACAGCAGUCUCUCAUCUUUCAGAGGCAAACAAAGGGGACGUAGGAGCAAGGGCCGCCUCAGCAUUGACCCAUGCGGACGCUCUUCAACCCACGUGCAUCUGCUGCUUGUGCUGUUGCCAGUGUGGGGAGAUGCUGCACACAGACUGCGUCCCAGCAACACGUGAGAGCCAAACUUUUUCUCAACAACAACAUUUUUUUUUUUCGUCCGCAUCUUUAAUAUUUAAGCAGAGGCUGUGGCUUUACACAAAAACUUGCCCGUUCUCCUGGGUCAAACAGUGGUAUGCUGAGGCGCAUGUGGUGGAAGAGGGUUCUGAGGCGCUGCAUUUCGGGCAGGUUCAGAGACGCAUGCGGAGGCACCGCACCAUCUUUACCGAGGAGCAGCUCGAUGCCCUUGAGGAACUGUUUCUGCAAAACCAGUACCCUGACAUUAACACACGUGAACAACUGGCUCAACGCACUCACCUGCGUGAAGAAAGGGUGGAGGUAUGGUUUAAGAACCGAAGAGCGAAGUGGAGAAGGCAGAGAAGACACUCAUUUGGCCUGCAAGACCCAGCACACUGGAGAUCUGACCUCUAGCCUGCAAAAAAAACAUUAAAAUGGCAUUCAUGUUUGCAUUUCCUGAUUAAUUGGUCUUGUUUUACUCUGACUCUGACACAGUGAAGGAAAAGAAAAAAGAAAUAGCCUGGUUGUUGUUGUUUUGUUCACCUGAAUGAAUGAAAUAGCCUGGUUGUUGUUGUUUUGUUCACCUUUCUUUGUAGUAGGCCUAGCCUGUUCCUCAUUGUAUGAAACAUUAUGGUGAAGUGAACAUAUGUCAAUAUCAAGCCAAGCAUUACUCCAAGUGUGAUAGUAGGGUCCAUCCCGUAGGCCUAGUGUUUACCUAUUUACAGCUGCAUCUGAGGCCUAAUGCUCCAGCAUUAUGUCUAUACCCAUCAACAUAUUGUGUGGUAAAUGUACAGUUCAAUUAAAUA